UAUAAGACCAUUCAGUUGUCAAGAAGACAUUUCCCGAUUUGAGUAUUAUUUUUCAAUAAUCGUAAACUUUCUCCAGAAUAUAAAGUUUUCCAAGGAAAACGAUCGGGAAAAUUUGACGAAAAUAGUUUUUUCGAUCCUGUGCUGUGAUUAAGUUUGUUAACGGAUGACCAUUCGGGUGUAUUAAGCUAAACAAACUGUGAAAAAUGUUCUGAUAUUGGCAGAAAAGUGCAACCAAACAAAGGGCAGUAGGCUGCGAACUUUGAGGCCCCAUUUUAGGUGGCUGAGCACCCCGAGAAUCCCGACCAUCGUUAUCGAGGUGAACGAGUACUGCCGUACCGUGAAUCAUGUCGAAAACGGUGAAACGACCGUCCGCUGGAAUCUACCCAAACUGCUACAUUCCCUCCCGGCUGGAGGACCGAAGACAGCGGGCACGAAUGCUGAGGCAGGAACGACGGCGGAAACCCGACAAACCGGAUGAUUUUGUUACCUACGAAGACAGUGAUAGCGAGGAGGAAACUCCGGCCCAGCAACAUCAAGUCCUGAGCACGUCGUAUAACUUCGUGGACUACGUUCGCAGUCGGGAGGCGGAUAUGCGGGAAGUGCGCAGCGUCGAUCCGGCGUAUGCCAGUAGGCACAUUUUGACUCACGACAUGUUCAAGGAGACUCCCAUUGCGCUGGGAAACAUUAAUAAGGUUUUUUGUUCGCAGUGGCUGAGCAAUCGACAGGUGGUAUUCGGAACAAAAUGCAACAAACUAAUGGUGUACGAUGUCAACACCCGAAAGGUGGAUGCAAUCCCUACCUUGCCAAAUAGCCGCGGGGCCAGUCCAGACACACAGUCCGGAAUACACGCAUGUCAGAUCAAUCCCAGCCAUAGUUUACUGGCCACGGGAGCGCGACAUUCGGCGGAUAUUGCCAUCUAUCGAUUGCCGACACUGGACCCCCUUUGCAUCGGAGAGAACGGUCAUCGUGAUUGGGUGUUCGAUAUGUGCUGGUUGGACGACCAGUUUUUGGUAUCUGGAUCACGCGAUACCAAGGUUGCGCUGUGGCGUAUCAACGAAGACAACAUGGAAUUCCCCAUGGUGAAUAAGGAAGGCGAAGAGCAGGAAGCCGUUCCUACCUAUGCUCACAUCAAUCCCGUAGCGAUAAAGGACUGCAGAGGAGCACAGAAGAUUCGGGCUCUGUGCUUUCACAAAGAGUACCGAGAAAUUGCUCUACUAUCACUCAAUGGGUACAUGCAUCUCUUCAAUGCGGAAACCUUUUCGCAGAAGCUCUCACGAAAGCUACCGAAUUGCCAGGAGAACGUUUGCAUCGCAUGCCAACCGAAUGGUCUAUAUGCGGUAGGUUGUCGCUCGUACACCUUGCUGCUGGAUCCGAGAACACUGCAGGCAGUGAAGAAGAUUGCAUCUCGAUACAGCGGGUGUGGUAUUCGCUCGGCCAGCUUCCAAGGAAAUAUUCUGACAAUUGGAACAGGUCUUGGCAUGUUAAUGUUCUACGACAUCCGGGCUGGAAAAUAUCUUGAAUCGCAAACCAGUGCCUCCAGGACGGUGGUGUUGAAGGCCAGCCGAGGCUAUGUAGCACAAUUUCCCGAAGAGGAGAUGGAUAAUUUCCAGCAAAUUAAAUACGUUCCGGCUAUCUACACGCACUGUUACGAUAGCAGCGGUACCCGACUGUUCACUGCCGGAGGACCUCUUCCGGCGACACUGAUAGGUAACUACGCGGGAAUUUGGCAAUAGGUAAUACGGUUCGAACGACAAACGCCCCCAUUUAAAGUGGAAAUGAGGGAAUCGCUUCUUCGUGCGUAAGCGAUAAAAUAUAGUUUUAGUGCAUAA